AUGCUCUUCGCAUUCUGGGCGGUCGGCCCGAGCUGGCUGCCGAGCGCUCCUACAGGUGCUCCCCAGACGCGCCGCGCCUCGCGCGCUUCUCGCUCCUCCGCUGCUCGCGCGCUCGCCAAGAGCGCGGCCGAGCCAAGCGGCGACCACGCCGAGCCGUGCAAUGUCGUGCUCACGCACACCAACACGGACUUUGACUCGCUGGCCGCUGCCGUGGCUCUCGCCCGGCUGUGGUCCUACCAGCGGCCCGAGGUGCCCACGCACGUCGUGAUGCCCCGCGGCGUCAACCCGCUCGUGGCUCGCUUCCUCGCGUACCACAAGCACCUCCUGCCCGUGCGCGGCUUCUCGACCAUCAACCCGUCCGACCUGCGGGCGGUGGGAGUGGUCGACACGCAGACCCGCGAGCGCCUCGGGCCGGCGGCGCGCUGGCUCGACUGCGCGAGCUACGUGGCGGUGUACGACCACCACGUGGACAACACGCCGAACAUCCAGCACGACGAGCUCGUCAUCGAGCCCGUCGGCUCCGCCACCACCGUGCUGGCGACGCUCUUCGCGCUCGGUAUCCGCGCUGACACGGGCGCGCUGUCGUACCCGGACACGACGGCGCGCGACGGGCACGCGCUGGCGGGCGCGUCGCAGCAUGCGAUCGCCGAGUUCGGGCACGCGCGGCUCUCGGCGGCGCAGCGAGACGUGCUCUCGACGGCGCUCGCGCAGACGGAGCGGUACCGCGACGUGAUGAAGGCGGCGCAAGCCUCAAAGGGCGGCCAGCGCGUCAAGAGCUGGGUGCGGCGACACACGCUCACCGUGCCGACGCAGACGCCUCUCGACGAGCUCGAGGCGAUCCUGAUCGAGCAGAGCGCCGGAAGGCUGCCGGUCGUGGCCGACGACGGCACACUGGUCGGACUCGUCACCCGCACAGACGUCCUCCGCCAGCGCAACCUGUACACCACGGAGGGGCUCGAGCGGUCUCGAGCCUCUCUCUCGCCGCCGCGCGGCGCGGGCACUGCGGCGGGGAGCGGUCACGCAUCGUGA